AUGAGUUCUCCGGAUAUCUCGGACAACAUGCCUUUGACCUUCACAGAAAGUGACAUGUCAUCAGUACAGUCAGAUCUCUAUAUGAAUUCAAGCCUCCUAAACAUCUCCACCAGCAACACCACCAACUUCACCAGAAACACUUAUUACCCAUACUACCAGCACUCUCUGCCCGUGGCAACCAGUCUUAUCAUGGCAUACCUCUUUAUCUUCCUGCUCUGCAUGGUGGGAAACAGCCUGGUGUGUCUUAUCGUGUUGGAGAACCGGCGUAUGAGAACAGUCACCAACCUGUUCAUCUUUAACCUGGCAGUGAGCGACCUGCUGGUAGGGGUCUUCUGCAUCCCAACCACGCUGGUGGAUAAUCUUAUCACAGGUUGGCCCUUCUCGAACACGGUGUGCAAGAUGAGUGGCUUGGUGCAGGGAAUGUCUGUCGCAGCCUCCAUCUUCACUCUAGUGGCCAUUGCCGUAGACAGGUUCCGUUGCAUUGUCUACCCUUUCCAGCCUAAACUGACCUUGCUGGUUGCCAAGCUGACCAUAGCGAUGAUUUGGGUGCUGGCAUUGGUGAUUAUGUGCCCUUCGGCAGCAACACUGACUGUGGAGCAUGUCAAGCAUCACUAUAUGGUGUACAAUUUGGACUACAACUACACCUAUCCACUCUUGUCUUGCUUUGAGAACUGGGCUGACCCUCACAUGAGGAAAGUCUACACCACGGUCCUGUUCGCCCACAUCUACCUGAUCCCACUCACGGUCAUCACGCUCAUGUACGGCCGUAUCGGCAUCAAGCUUUACACUACAUCUGUCAUUUCUGGAAACGAGCAGCAGGACAGUGGAGGUGGUCAAAACCCUGCCAGGCCACUCAUUUCACACAAAAAGAUCAAGGUGAUCAAAAUGUUGAUUGUGGUGGCCCUACUUUUUACGCUUUCCUGGCUCCCCUUAUGGAUCCUCAUGCUCCUGACAGACUAUGGAGGUCUGGAGCAGGAGGAACUUGAGCUGCUUUCUGGCUAUGUGUUCCCGUUCGCACAUUGGCUGGCUUUCUCGAACUCCAGUGUCAACCCAAUCAUCUACGGCUACUACAACGAGAACUUCAAGCGAGGCUUCCAGGCUGUGUGCAGAACCCGUUCCAGGUGCUGUUGCUGUUUUAUCUUACCAACAGGUAACAGAAGGGUUCACGGGCCAGGCAGGGAAGACAGAAGAGCGUCAGGAGCAAAUUCAAACAGUCUUCCCUUUGGCGCCAGAAACAGGGUGUACACUGAUGGUAACUUAAAAAACUGCAAUGCCAACAUGGAUGAGGGGCAGAAGAGGGGAGGGUGUAGACUCAGCAGCUCUGCCAGCAUGGAUGAUGCCAGAUCUGAAAUGGCCAUUCAGUUAAAAGGGGUUGCGAGACAAAAAGGAUUGCAGAUGGAGGACCUGGAGAAGAUCAGUCCUAUUGGCAUGACUGUGAGUCAGGCCUGGGACCAGUAG